CAGCCAGUCUCUACUACACCUACCGACUCAGGAAACGCCUCCGCUGUUUCCCGUGUCCUACCCAGAGCUCCCCGCGCUACUCUGCCCAUCCUCCCCGGCACGGUCACGUGAUUGUUAUACUGCGCCCUGCUCGCCCUCUGUGCGGAGCUUUGUAGUCGGUGUCACUCGGAUUUGCAGGUUGUCACUGUGGGAAGGCCAGACGACAGAAAUGGGAUCCUUCAUCUCCAAAGCUACAGAAACACAAAUGAAGAAGCAGCAGGAAUUCAUGCAGAUGAAUGCGCAGCUUCAGCUGGAGAGGCAGAUCAUUAUGCAGAAUAUGAUGCGAGAGAGGCAAAUGGCAAUGCAGAUUGCCUGGUCACGAGAAUUUCUCAAAUAUUAUGGGUCAUUCUUCAGUUUGGCAGCCAUUGGCUUAACAGUUGGGGCUAUUAAAAACAAGAAGCCUGCCUUGUUCACUCCUAUCAUACCAUUAAGCUUCAUUUUUGCCUACCAGUAUGACAUGGGUUAUGGGACUCUAAUCACAAGGAUGAAAGGUGAAGCUGAAAAUAUUCUUGAAAACGAACAUAAUCUACUAAACAUGCCACAAGGAGUACCAACAUUUGAGGGCAUUGAAAAGACAAGAAAAGCACAAAGAAGUUUAUUUAUAAACUAGAAUGGACACAAUAGAGAUCCAAACAGGCCAAAUUAUCACAACAUCAUGGUGCCCAGUUGUUAAUUGGUCUUCCGUCCUUGAAUGUUUAUAAAAUAAAGGGAACAUGCUUCUAAAAUGUAUUAUUAAAACAUGUCAAAUGAUCCACAAUGUAAACCAUUUACAUACAGUAUGUGACAUAGUUGUGCUGGAUGAAGAGAUGUAAUCUAAAUUUUAAUGUACCUUUUACCCAACCCUACUUCUUUUUUCUCA